UUGCACUAAAGGCCAAGUGUAAAUAUCAUUCCUUACAUAUGUACAUGUACAGUAGGUAUACCGUAAGUGGUUCAGAAUAGGCUCCUCCCUUGUAUCGACUUGUUGUCCUACUGUAAGUUGUUAGGGGUAAUUGUCUGGUAGUUGACUCCGCCUCCUGUGGGAGUGGCUGUACGCUGAACACUAUGCUGAGGUAAUGGUCUGACGGACAAGGUGUCACCGAGCGUGCUUUAUUAUGUCAAUAAUCGAGUCUUCAUUUACAUGAUAAAGUGUGAAGAGGAUUUAAUGUACAUCCCACUGAUCAACAGGCUGGUACGGUGUUUACUCCACGGGACAUCUUCACUAACAUCACACAGCACCCACGGGACACUGGCCCGAGGGACGGCAAAAUGGCCGACGCCCAGGUGUGUCUUUCGUCCCCUCUAUUACGACCGAUCCCCGUGUAUGGACAGAGAGAGACUACCUCCCCCCGGAUCCCAAGUCUUCCUCUCCCGCCCUGGGUGUCCACGGAUGCUGGACUUAGCCUUGUAAGAUCUUGUCCUCUAACGGCAUUCAUGGCAGUUCAGAAUCACCUCAGACAGCCGGGAUUCCAUACAGCCCUUCAUUCGGAGGACGAUAAAUUACUGGACAAUCGGACAAACGUGCGUGAUCCGGUCACAACUUCAAACAAGCAGUACCCGGAUGUUGUCACCUCAUCAACGUAUCCAUUUACGUUACAACCCUUGCUGCUACGAAACCGAGGGCAACUGAUAUCACAAUUUAAUGUCAGCCGUAAGUUGUUCCCAUGUCCGGAGUGCAGAUACACAACAGACAGGAGAAACAAUCUCAAAAGACAUAUGCUCACAAUGCACAGACGUUGUUCAAAACUCAUGGAAUGUUGUGGUGUACUUUUCACCACCAAAGCCUCGCUGCGGGAACAUUCCAUGAUAUUUCAUUACCAUGGAUACACUUGUUUUUACUGUGGACGUCGUUUCUGCCGGAAGGCACUCCUGAAGCGCCACCUGUCGGUCCACAAUGGACAGAAAGAUUAUGUGUGUCCAGUAUGUGAUUACGCCACAAGUCACAAAAGUAACUUGGAACGUCACAGGAAAAUUCACGUUCGAAAUGAUGACAUGUCCUCACCAGGUGGGGACUGCAAGGAGGGAAAGUGUGAUUACUCACAUAUUUCAGAAACCGGAAGUGACACGGGUUUAACAGACGAAUCAGCCAUGUUGUCAGACUGUUCCGACGAUGAAGAGAUCGAUGUUAGUUAAGUCACGUGUUCACGUGUAAUUCAAGGCUCAUGGGAAGUUGCAAUAUUGGUAUCUGUCGUAGCGUAAGGACUGGGAUAUUGUUAAGUGCUUACAAUCCGUACACACGUAGUGUUGUCAUUCUAGAUUUGAGUGUUUUGUUGUUAUAAUAUACAUAAUAAAGCCUGCUUUCCUGUUGA